AUGGGGCUGCCCCGGCCAGGGCUAUGGCUGAAGAGGCUGUGGGUACUCUUGAAGGUGGCCCUGCAUGUGGCCAUGGGCAAAGUGCUACAGACACUGUUCCCCGAGAGAAUGAAGCAGAAUAUCCUGGCCCAAAACCCCCACUUUGCCUAUGACAUUUGGGGCUCAACUCUCUUCAGCGUUCCAUACUUCUGGUUCAUCCUGAAGGUGUAUUGGCAGCGACUGGAAGAGAAGACUGAGCAAGGGGGUCUGGCUCCAAACUGCCCUGUGGUCCGCCUCUCUGGCGAAAGGUGCAACAUUUGGGACUUCAUGCAAGGCAUCAGACCACUGGUGCUGAAUUUUGGAAGCUGCACCUGACCUUCAUUUCUUUCAAAAUUUGACCAAUUCAAGAGACUCAUAGAAGACUUUAGCUCCACAACAGAUUUUCUCAUCAUUUACAUUGAAGAAGCACAUGCAACAGAUGGUUGGGCUUUUAAGAACAACGUGGCCAUCAGGAAUCACCGGAACCUUCAGGACCGCCUGCAGGCAGCUCGGCUGCUUCUGGACAGAAACCCCCAGUGCCCGGUGGUGGUGGACACGAUGCAGAACGUGAGCAGCCAGCUCUACGCGGCACUGCCAGAGAGACUCUACGUGCUGCAGGAGGGCAGGAUCCUUUACAAGGGUAAACCUGGUCCUUGGAACUACCACCCAGAGGAAGUGCGCGCUGUUCUGGAAAAGCUCAACAGUUAA